AUGGACACGGACGGGACUGGCUGGCGUUUCGCGCAGUGCUUCGGUGACAAGGGCGAGGUAGAGGAUAUCACAGAAGCCGACAUCAUCUCCACCGUCGAGUUCGACAGCACAGGCAACUACCUCGCAACCGGCGACAAGGGCGGACGCGUCGUUUUGUUCGAGCGCAACGAGCAGAAAAAGGGAUGCGAGUACAAGUUCUACACCGAGUUCCAGUCGCACGAGCCAGAGUUCGACUAUCUCAAGUCGCUCGAGAUCGAGGAGAAGAUCAACAAGAUCCGCUGGUGCAAGCGUCAGAACGCGGCCCACUUCCUGCUCUCAACAAACGACAAGACGAUCAAGCUCUGGAAAGUGUUCGAGAAGUCUCUUCGCGUCGUCGCAGAGUCCAACCACAACGAUGGCUCGCGCCCAGUACCACCACCCGCGCUCCGCCAACACCUGCGUCUGCCGCGGAUGGCGCACCAGGACAACAUCAUCGCCGCCGUACCUCGCAAGGUCUACUCGAACGCCCACGCCUACCACAUCCACUCCAUCGCCGUCAACAGCGAUCAAGAAACCUACAUCUCUGCCGACGACCUCAGAAUCAACCUCUGGAACUUGGGGAUCAGCGACCAGAGCUUCAACAUUGUGGACAUCAAGCCGGCGAAUAUGGAGGAGCUCACGGAGGUCAUCACCGCGGCCGAGUUCCACCCCACGCAGUGCAACGUCUUCAUGUACUCGUCAUCCAAGAGCAACAUCAAGCUCGCCGACAUGCGCGACUCUGCCCUCUGCGACCGGCACGCGAAGUUGUUUGAAGAGGAAGAAGACCCCACGAACCGGUCCUUCUUCUCCGAGAUCAUCUCCUCCAUCUCCGACGUCAAAUUCUCACACGACGGGCGCUACAUCCUCUCGCGCGACUACCUCUCCCUCAAGAUCUGGGACGUCAACAUGGACUCGCGGCCCGUCAAGACCAUCCAGAUCCACGACCACCUCCGCGGCAAGCUGUGCGACCUGUACGAGAACGACUGCAUCUUCGAUAAGUUCGAGUGCACGUGGUCCGGGGACGACAGGAGCGUGUUGACCGGGUCGUACCAUAAUUAUCUGCGGAUCUUUGAUGCGGCGGGGAGCGGGGACGGGAGCGCGCCGGGCGAUGUGGUGUUGCAGGCGGAUAAGAGCGCGUUUAAGGCGAAGAAGGCUGGUGGGCCGUUGCCGGGGAAUAACAACAACAAGCGCGGCGGUUUGAAGGAUGCGAUGCAGCUCGAUACGUUGGACUUCAAUAAGAAGAUUUUGCAUGCGAGCUGGCACCCGCGCGAGAACACGAUUGCUAUCGCGGCGACGAACAACCUGUUCUUGUACUCGGCCGCAUAG